GGGCGGCCCGCUCCGCGCGCCCGGCUGGCUCUCGCGGGGCGACGCGUCCCCGCGGUGCGCCGGCCGCUGCGGCUCGCAGCUGCAGUGCUCGCAGUGCUCGCAGCUGCGGUGCUCGUGCGGCUGGGCGGCGCCGCCGACUGCUCGGGCGCGGGGCGCCCCUGAGGAUGAGGUGGGGCCGUGGAGAGAGCGCGGAGCUGCCCACUCCGAUCCCGAGGGUGCUGCGCAGGUCAACGCGAUGCUGGCCAGCGCCGGGCUGGGCGGCAGUGCCGAGCGCGUCGUGCGGUGCCUGGGCGUAGAGGUGCCGAGCGACUUCGCCGUGCUCGAGUACGAGGACCUCGUGGAGCUGGGCCUGAAGCCAGUGCAGCGCCGCAGGCUCUGGAGGGUUGUUGAGGCCCAGCGGAGUGCAGAGGCUGCCCCGGCAUGCGGCGUCGGAAAAGUCAU